AUGAAUGUGUUUGUUCGCUGGCGCUCCCGCAUCCGAGCCGAAACCAAAGACGACUGCAUUGACCAUCAUAUUGUCCCGGCAGAGCAAACUUCGUCCAUACCUCGUCAUGCUGUUGUCCUCAACCGAAAAUCUACCCCGCAAGACAAACCAUGGAAGUCUCCUUUCGCAUUUCAUACCAUUCUCAACGAAAGUGAUACAAACGAGGCCGCGUACGGUACGAUUGUUCAGCCGCUAAUAUCUGGUGUCAUGGCAGGUGGCUGCUGCAGUUUCUUUGCCUAUGGCCAUUCAGGCAGCGGCAAAACGCAUACUGUUAUUGGGAGUCGGCAGGAAUUAAAGUCUGAUCUCGGUCUUUGCAUGGCGAGUGCAAGAGAGAUGUUUGACCAAAUCACUCAACAGCAUGAACCAUUGGCUGUUGGGCUUGCCGCGUUUGAACUCCGACAAAAAGCCGCUUUUGAUCUGUUGAACAAUGGCAAGAAAUGCCACAUCCGCGAAGGAUCGGAUGAAAAAGUCCAUAUUCGCGGAGAGACGGAAUGCCUACCCGGCGGCCAAGUGCGGGUGCAGCCCAUUGUAAAGCGACCCUGUUGGACCUACGAGGAGUUCUGCACCGUUCUUCUUGAAGCAGUGGCCAAUCGCGCAGUCGGCAGCUCAUCCGUCCAUGACGAAUCGUCACGCACGCACCUUGUACUGGAGCUGGAGAUUAUUAACCAGUCGCUCAUUGACGCGCGUGCGGAACUCAUAAAUCGUGAAUCGGAACUUGUUCCCGUUGGCAAACGGGCUAUCGAUAUAACCGUCGAAGAGCAAACCAAGAGCGUGUUCAAAGACGCAAAUGGCAUCUACAAGCCGCGUCCAGGCUUCAAGAUGGAUAUGGCGCGAAUCAACGCGGCCGAGGCAGAAAAGGCUCUUUUUGAGGACCGAGUAAAGGAAGCAGAGGCAGCUGUUAGUGCUGUCUAUGCAAAGUACAGCACGAGUCUUGGGGGCCGAAUGGUGUUUGUUGAUCUCGCCGGUUCCGAGUAUCAGCAAGACAGCGCCAGCAGCAAAAAUCGACAGACGGCCGCAGAAAGAGUCGAAUCGAGACGGAUCAACACGGACCUGCUCGCUCUCAAAGAAGUGAUGCGUGCCUGGUCAACUCGACAAGCUCGCGUGCCGUAUCGUUCCUCGCCAUUGACCAUGGUGCUACGGGAGACAUUCAGAGACACUAAAGGCCGCAACUCCAACAUGGUUGUCACGGUCUCGCCUACAAAAGUGCAUUAUGCGUCGACGCUGAAUUCGCUGAAAUAUGGUAGUCUAGUGGGAACAGUAGCGUAG